AUGAACAGAAAAAAAUUGUCGGCAUAUGGGCAGGAGUUCGAAGAUGACGAAGAAGAUUCCACCGUUUCAAAGAAGCCUACUCAAAUACAUGAAGAAAUAGCGACAGAUGAAAAAGGAAAGAGAAGAUUUCAUGGUGCAUUCACUGGAGGAUUUUCUGCUGGUUAUUGGAAUACUGUUGGAUCAAAACAGGGAUGGGUUCCACAAGAAUUCUCUUCAUCCAGAGAUUCACGUGGAGACAAAAUAAAACAAAAAGCGGAAGAUUUCAUGGAUGCUGAAGAUCUUGGAGAAUAUGGAAUAAGCAGUCGUACUAUCAAACAAACUUCUGUUUUUGGGGAUGGAGGAUCCUCUGGACAAAAAAGAAAAAUGGCAUGGGAAAGAGAUUCAGAAAGUGUUUCGACUAUAACCCAAAUGUUCGAAGAUGUUGUAAAACCUGUCAGUAGUUCAAUAGGUGUACGAAUGCUCCGAUCGAUGGGGUGGCGAGAAGGAAGAGGAAUAGGAUUGCCAAAUGUGAAGCAGAAACAACAUAGGGGUGGCAUAUCAUCAGAAGCUCAAUUCGAUCGUGAACAAGCUGCAAAAGUUGCCCCAAUGUAUGAGUUUGCAAACGAGAAUGCUAUAGUUAAGCAGUUGACUCCGUUGAGCGGUUCCCAUGGAAUAGGAUACCAGGGUUUACGUCAAACCACGGUGCUUGAUGAAUCAUACGGAAGAACUGCUCUAACUCUGAAAUCUGAUAAGAAAAGUAGCAAAGGAAUAAAAGGACAAGCUUUUGGAGUUGGCGCUUUCGAGGAAGAAGACGAGAGUGUAUACUCGAAUUAUGAUCUUUCUCAAUUCGAUUUUUCACUAGAUCUGGCAGGAACUUCUGAAGAAAGUAAUUUAAAAACACAAAAAAUUGACACAGCUUUCGAGCUACAACCAAAAAGAUUGAAUCCGCGAAAGUUUUACGCUGCACCACGAGUUCCACAGAGCUUCCGAGGAGAACAUAAACCGAUUCCUAUGGACGUUUCGAGGUUGCCACAGUUGAUGAAAGACGAUGUGAAACAGAUGAAUGCAAUUCAAAGAGCAAAAUUUCUCGGCGAAGAUCGCGUCGGUGCUCUGGAAAUUGGUGAAAUGGGGAGUAAAAAACCAGCAGAACGAAGAAGUCGAUGGGAUAUUAGAGCGAACGAAGUCGAAAGGCGAGAAAGUCAACGUGGUGGAGAAGCAGAUGAGGAACGAGAUCGACGACUCCGAAAUCGUAUCGAGUUUCCGGACGAACCUAUGCGACAGGCUCGUUUUAAAGAGUUUCUUCAUUAUAUCCGACGAGGUCUACCAUAUCCUCAGCCAACAGAUUUGACAGUUUGGGAGUGGGAAUGGGAAAAGAAAGAAUUCGAGUCGAAGUUGACAACCGAAGAGAGAGGAAUGCUUCCCGAAGUGCUCUCUAGAGCUCAACCUCUUGCAAAAACUGCCAUAGCUGCCCCAAUACAUGAAAUGAUGGCCUCUAAAUUCGUGAAGGAAGCAGGUGGAGAUCUGAAAGUAGGAACAAAAGAUGAGGAUAAAUUAGCUGCUGUUAAAAUGGAAAUGUUUGGAGAACGGACGAGGCAAAGCUUUGAAUGGUAUCCCGACAGUAUUCUAGCCAAACGAUUCAAUGUUCCUCAUCCCUUCCCAGGAUCCGAAAUGGUUGGGGUUCCAGCGCUUCAGAAAACCAAUUGGAAACGAAAGGAAACUUUAGAAGAUAUCGGUGGUAUCUCAACAUCCAUAGGACUUCCGAACACUGCAAACGAAGUUGAAAUGAGAGAACGACUUUUAAAAUCAAGAGCUCGACGUACAGCAGACGAAAAUAAGCAAAAAAAUUCGGAUGAUGAGGAAUCAUAUGAAGACGCAGAUAGAAUUGCCGAUUUGGAAGAGGAUGAAAAUGACAAGGAAGAAGAGAAGGCACCGAAAUCAUUCUUUGAUUUAAUAUUUGGAGAAGGUGGAGUGGGUUCUGAUGCUACGGAUAAAAGUGAUGAUGAGAGAGAAGAAGAAAAUGAACGGCAAAAGGCACUGAAAAAAAGAGAAGAAGAACUAAUAAGGAAAAAGCAGGAAAAGGAAAAAAGAGAAGAAGAAGAAAGAGAGAAAAUUGUGAGAGAACGGGAGAAGCUCGAGUCAAAUGACCGUUCAGAAACAAGAAGAGAUAAAGAUGAAGACGAGAUUCAGAUAAUUGAAGAAAUCUCUACGACUACGUCAUCGUAUGGUCCCGCACUACCACCGAGACCCAGCCUUUCUAAAGAUGCUGUCAUCCAAUUUCUUGAAAAAAAUUUGUCGAAAAAGGAUGAUUCAAAGAAGAAACAUAAAAAGCAAAAAGAUAAAAAACACUCCAAAAAAUCAAAAAAAUCAAAGAAGAGCAAAAAAGAAAAAAAGAGAAAGAGGCAUUCUUCAACCAGUGAUGACGGAUCCAGUGACGAUUCCGAUGAAUGGCAGGAAAAGAAAUUAUAG